AUGGAGAAGUUCUCACAGUUCCGAGACCGAGGCUCGGGCAUCGCGCCAUUCCUUCCUAUUCCCUCGCAAGCACUCGGCUUCAAGCUGCCCAUCGGCAUCUUCCUUUUCUGCGUCCGCCUGCCAAUCCUCAUCUUUGUGUGCCUGAGUUACUUCCUCGUGCUACAAUGGCUUCCGAUAGGCUCAUUGGGCAAGAAAGCCUCGUUGUGGUGUAUACUGGGCGUGCCGAGUAUCUGGUGGAUUGAUCUUCAGGUGGACGGUGUGAGAAAAGGAUCGCUCUCCAAACAGCACCAGUCCCGCCUCCCCGGUCCUGGAUCCGUAAUCGCCUCCUCCUUCACCUCCCCUAUCGACGCAGUGUACCUCGCUGCAAUCUUCAACCCCGUCUUCACAGCCUCAUACCCGCAUUCACGUAAGGUCGAGCACAUCUCGCUCUUCCAGGCCAUCCUCCGUGCCUUCGCCUCCCCACAAGUCCGCCCAGCGCCCAAAACACGGCUGGUCGACCUCGCCACUCUCAUCAAGAAGUACCCCGGCCGCCCCAUCGUGACCUUUCCGGAGUGCACCACGACCAACGCGCGCGGCAUCCUCCCGCUCAGCCACGCACUCGCCGCCGUCCCGCCCCGCACCAAGGUCUUCCCAAUCAGCCUACGGUACACCCCCGCCGACGUCGUGACGCCACUACCCGGGAGCUACGUGAGUUUCCUGUGGAAGCUGCUGAGCAGGCCAACGCAUUGCAUGCGCGUGCGCAUCGCCGAAUGUGUCGUCAACGAGGCCGGUGCCGGUGCCGCGUCUGAAAGUGGCGCCGCAUCGGGGGCAUCCCGAGGCGCGGGCUACGAUACCAAUUACUUCGACACGUUGGCGCAGGACGAGGAUGUGGAGCUGCGGCCCGCGGAACGAGCGCUAUUGGACAAUGUUGCGGAUGCGCUUGCGCGGCUGGGCAGGGUGAAGCGUGUGGGGUUGGGGGUGAAGGACAAGCAGGCUUUCCUGCAGUCAUGGACGAAGACGCGGCGGACGUGGUGA